CACUUAGUGCGCAGGUGCGAAGGAGCUGACUGGGGCCCGGGCCAGGGGAGGGCUUGAAGACGCGUCGUUUGGAUUUGGAGACUGUGGCAAAGCUAUCUGGGUUCGACCUCUGGGCGAAAAGCGUUUGUCAGGGGCCCAUCCUAGAACGAAGCCUGAGAGAUUCCCGAUGGUGUCCAUGACUUUCAAGCGGAGCCGCAGUGACCGGUUCUACAGCACCCGUUGCUGCGGUUGUUGCCAUGUCCGCACCGGGACGAUCAUCCUGGGGACCUGGUAUAUGGUGGUAAACCUAUUGAUGGCAAUUUUGCUGACUGUGGAAGUAACUCAUCCAAACUCAAUGCCAGCUGUCAACAUUCAGUAUGAAGUCAUUGGCAAUUACUAUUCAUCCGAGAGAAUGGCUGAUAAUGCCUGUGUUCUUUUUGCUGUCUCUGUUCUUAUGUUUAUCAUCAGUUCAAUGCUGGUAUAUGGAGCAAUUUCUUAUCAAGUGGGUUGGCUGAUUCCAUUCUUCUGCUACCGGCUUUUUGACUUCGUUCUCAGUUGUCUGGUUGCUAUCAGUUCUCUCACUUACUUGCCAAGAAUCAAAGAGUAUCUGGAUCAAUUACCUGAUUUUCCCUACAAAGAUGACCUCUUGGCAUUGGACUCCAGCUGCCUCCUCUUCAUUGUUCUUGUGUUCUUUGUCUUAUUCAUCAUUUUUAAGGCAUAUCUAAUCAACUGUGUUUGGAACUGCUAUAAAUACAUCAACAACAGGAACAUGCCGGAGAUUGCUGUGUACCCUGCCUUCGAAGCACCUCCACAGUAUGUUUUGCCAACCUAUGAAAUGGCAGUGAAGAUGCCUGAGAAAGAGCCACCGCCUCCUUACAUACCUGCCUGAAGAAGUUCUGCCUUUGUCAAUAAACCCUAUACCAGCU